AUGUCAGCGUUGUUCAAAAUCUCGGAACACCCAAUCGCCGCGCUGUGCCUCGCGGUCGGCGUCCUCUCGUGCGCAAAAUUCGUGCUGAAGGCGGCCAAUGUGCUGUUGCAGACGUUUGUGCUUCCCGGUACCAGCCUCAAGAAGUACGGUGCCGGCAAGGGCGCCUGGGCAGUGGUGACCGGUGCCUCUGAGGGUAUCGGCAAGGAGUUUUCUCUCCAGCUCGCGAAAAAGGGCUUCAAUGUCCUCGUCUCAGCGAGAAACGCAGCUGCGUUGGACGCACUCGUAGCGGAGAUCGAGUCGAGCAGCCCACCGAACAAUAAGGUGCAGGCGAAAGCAGUCGUGAUGGACUUCUCGAGCUUAGAGGACGCUGAGAAGUGGAGGGCCUUCGCCGCGGCGCUUGAGGGUCUGGACAUUGGUGUCCUCGUCAAUAAUGUCGGCAAGUCACACACCGCCCCAGUCUACUUCGCCGAGGCCGCCGACCAAGAAGUUGAGGACAUACUCCGGAUUAACGUCAAUGCCAACGUCCGAGUGACAAAGUUCAUCCUGCCUCGCAUGGUCGAACGGCGUCGCGGCCUGAUCCUGAACAUGGGCUCGUUCUCGGGCACGGGCAUCCCCUCGCCCAUGCUCGCGACCUACGCGGGCACGAAGGCGUUCUUGUCGGCGUUCACCGCGUCGCUUGCGGCGGAGGUCAAGGACAAAGGCGUGGACGUGCAGUGCUUGAACACCUACUUCGUCGUUUCGAACAUGUCGAAGAUCCGCCGUGCGAACAUCACGACGCCGACGCCGAAGGACUACGUGCGCUCGGUUUUGAACAAAAUCGGGCUCUCAUGCGGAGCGCUCUGGACAGGCCGCCCCAAUGUCAGCACACCCUACUGGAGCCACGCGAUCAUCGACUACGCCAUGAACCUCGUUGGCUGGAAAAUGCUCUUCAUCCGGUAUACGCACAGCCUCCACAAAAGCAUCCGCAAGCGCUACCUGAGGAAGCUCGAGCGCGAAGCCAAGAAGCAGUGA